AUGGGCGCCGCGGAGCUGCUGGCCGAGGCCGCCCGCCCGGCCGCCCGCCCUCAACCUCUCCUCCUUUUCCCCCUCUGCAGGAUCAUGGAGUUUCUGCCUCCGUUCGAGCGGGUCGUGCAGCCCGAGGAGAUGUGGCUCUACAAAAACCCCUACGUGGAAGUGGAUCACGUGCCCACCGGGCCCAUGUUUCUCAUCUCCUUCCUGUCUCCCUUGCUGCUCAUGGUGCUGGCGCGGCUGUUCCUGCACGCCGAGCGGGAGGACACGCGGGAAGGCUGCUUGGCCGCCAGCCUGGCCCUGCUGCUCACCGGGGUGCUCACGAACGCGCUCAAGCUGGCGGCGGGCAGGCCGCGGCCGGACUUCUUUUAUCGUUGCUUCCCAGACGGCCGAGCCAACGCUGAGCUGCGGUGCACGGGGGACCCCGGCGUCGUGGCCGAGGGGCGCAAGAGCUUCCCCAGCGGACACGCUUCGUUCGCCUUUGCCGGUCUCGCCUUCUCCUCCUUCUACGUGGCGGGGAAGCUGCGCUGCUUCGUGCCCGGGCGCCGCGGCCGGGCGCUGCGCCUCUGCGCCUUCCUCCUGCCGCUCUUCGGCGCCAGCCUCRUCGCGCUGUCCCGCACCUGCGACUACAAGCACCACUGGCAGGACGUGGUGGUGGGCUCGGCGCUCGGCCUCGYGCUCGCCUACCUCUGCUACCGGCAGUAUUACCCGCCGCUGAGCGACUCCACGUGCCACAAGCCGCUGCUGUGCAAGUCCAGGCAACCGCCGGGGCACCAGGAGAAGUCGGUGACGUCCGGCCUUCGCCUGGAUGUGUAGGAAUAGGGCAGGGGGAGGCUGCUCGUGGCCCACGAGAAGCCACUAAAAUGACAGUUGACUCAAAAAUCAACAGUUCUGCAGUGUCUGUGCAGGGGGACCAGGUUUAGUUUCACAAAAUUUGGUAAGCAACUCUUCCCUUGGACCUGCUCUGGAAUGCGCGAGAUAGUCCCAGAUAUCCUGYAGGCCUGCAAGGGGAAUGCCUCGUUAUAGAAGGUCCUGACUCGAAAAUCAGAAAUAUGUGACCAUUUUUAUAUGCUCGUGUGUGGGACGGUUGCUCUUAGUCUUAGCUACAGUGCAAGAAUGCAGCAAACAUCAUCAGAUGUUCUCCUUUGGUUCAGCUGAGCUUGCAUUUUCAUAGAAGGAGCAUGUUAAGUGCAGGACCUGGUCCUUGCGCUGAAUCUAAGCACAUCUGUUAAAGCUCAGUUGAAUUCAUUGGGAGUAGGAAGUGCAACACUGCAGUCUUUAAUCAUGUAUUUAAUGUGGGGAGAGG